UAAACAAAAAGCCGUAGAAGGGGCGUAUCUUGACGUCAUUACGCAGCUGAAAGGACCCGCCCAUAUUUGGUCGUGGCUUCCUGUGACUCCUACCGCCUCAUGAUGGCGUGUCUGCUGCGCGUGCUGCAGCGGCAGUCGGCGUUUGGCGCUUCGUGCAGUGAACGGGACUCGGUGUUCAGGUUGGCGAACCGGGCAGUCCGGAACCACAGCACCCAGGCGGCUCCUCACUUCCCCGGCAUGGAGUACCAGGACGCCAUCUGCACCCUGAACACGCUGCAGAGCAACGCCAGCGUCCUGCAGCAGACCAGCAGGGGGCAGAGAGACCCUCAGCAGCAGCUGCUGGCCAUGCCGGGCUUCCUGGAGCGGGCCGGGCUCACGGUGGAGCAGCUGGAUCACCUCAACAUCAUCCACAUCACGGGGACCAAGGGCAAGGGAUCCACCUGCGCGUUCACGGAGCGGAUCCUCAGAACCUACGGCUUCCGGACCGGGUUCUACAGCUCGCCCCACCUGGUCCAGGUGAGGGAGAGGAUCCGCAUCGACGGCCGGCCAAUCAGCAACGAACUUUUCACCAAAUACUUCUGGCAGGUUUACGGACGGCUGGAUGAGACCAAGGAGGCCCAUGGAGGGACGAUGCCGGCGUACUUCCGGUUCCUCACCAUCUUGGCGUUCCACGUCUUCCUCCAGGAGAAGGUGGACUUGGCCAUCAUUGAAGUCGGGAUCGGAGGAGCGUACGACUGCACCAACGUUGUCAGGAAGCCGUGGGUCUGUGGCAUCGCCUCUCUGGGAAUCGACCACACCCAGAUUUUGGGCGACACCAUCGAGAAGAUCGCCUGGCAGAAAGCGGGAAUCUUCAAGCCGGGCGUUCCCGCAUUCACGGUCCGGCAGCCGCAGGAAGCCAUGACGGUUCUGAGGGACCGGGCCAGAGAGAUCCAGUGUCCGCUGCGGGUCUGUCCGGACCUGGACCGGUACCAGACGGAGUCCGGAGAGCUGCAGCUGGGCCUGGCGGGUCAGCACCAGCGCUCCAACGCGUCGCUGGCCCUGCAGCUCUGCCACACCUGGCUGCAGCGGAGGUGUGGGCCAGAUUCAAGCCCCGCCCUUCCUGAUCCGGACAGCAGCUGCGUAUUGCAGGCGGACUCUUUCCGACCAGGUGCCGCCAUGGUGAAAGGCCUGGCGGACACGCAUUGGGCCGGCCGGAGCCAGACGCUGCGGCGCGGCGCGCUGACCUACUUCCUGGACGGAGCCCACACCCACCGCAGCAUGCAGGCCUGCGUCCAGUGGUUCCAGGAGGCCGCCGCCCAGUCCCAGAGAGGAGCCAGUGGAGCCGUGGUCCGGGUUCUGCUGUUCAACGCCACCGGGAAGAGGGACGCCGCCGCCAUGCUGAAGCUACUGCUGCCGUGUCGCUUCGACUUGGCCGUGUUCUGCCCCAACAUCACCGAAACCGUCGCCUCCGGCAACGCAGACCAGCAGAACUUCAAUGUCGCAGUGGAGACCAUGCUGACCUGUUGCCUGGACAACGAGCGGAGCUGGCGUCUCCUUAGCGACGGCGGAGAUGACUACCCAGCGCCGCUGCUGAUCCGGGACGGCCCGGCGCCGCUCGCUGAGAGGAAGGCGGACUCGCUGGUGUUCCCCAGCAUCCUCAGCGCCCUCUGCUGGAUCGCCCAAGGACGAGACCCGGUUCUGACCGACCCGGCUCAGACGUCGCCGCCCGUCACACCCAGCAUGGCCGCCAAGGCCGCGCUGCUUCAGGACGCCGCACACGUCCACGUCCUGGUGACCGGCAGCCUGCACCUGGUGGGAGGCGUCCUCAAGCACCUGGACCCAGAGGACGGGUAGACUGGGAACGCUGGGUCAUCUGGGAACGCUGGGUCAUCUGGGAACGCUGGGUCAUCUGGGAACGCUGGGUCAUCUGGGAACGCUGGGUCAUCUGGGACGGGUCGGUGCUGCUUUACUUCCAGGCUGGGUGAAACUGGACCUUCCAGGUGGAUUACCAGGUUCUGUCCCGGUUCUGAAGCUCCUCUCACCAGAUGGGUCGUCUUGUUGUUUUGGACUUUCUUUAUUUUCCAGGUGGUUCUGAUCAGUGAUUGGCUGCUGGGUACCAUUGGGUCACAGCGGUCCAAACUCAGCCCAGUCUGCGUCUAAACCCAGCAGAACCGAACCAGCUGUGACCCAGCUGACCUUCAGAACCAGAACCCGUUGAGGAGCCCCAGCAGGGGUCAGUUCAGUGUGAGGGCCCGGUUCUGAUCAGACCGGGCCUCGGGUUUCUGAGUCUUACUUGAAGCACUGUUUACAUGAACCACUGGUCUCUGCUGGAUGGGUCGCGCUGCAGAACCAGACCCAGCAGAACCAGAACCUCUGCCUUCAUGAUGUCAGUCUCUCUGUGUGUUUCUGUUUCUUCUACUUUGUUUCGGUUCUGUGGGAAAGAUUUCAACACUACUGAGGAUGGUUGCGGUUCUGAUCCGGUUCAGAUCAGAUUUAAAUGAGCCUUAAUUUAAAUGAUUAUACUGACAUCUGCAGGCGGUGAGAGGUACUGCAGGCAGAAGC